AUGGCGAGACCAUACCCGCUGAGGGCCUCGAUGCCAGUUGGUAAGAGGGUCAACAAGCUGUACAGGGACCGCACAGCAAACUUCUACUCGCCUGGACAAUGGGAGAAGGUCAACCUUCUAGCGAUGAUGCACAUCGCAACUUGCUCUCAACCUCCUAACCUACGGCUGUCAGUGUGGGACAGUCCUGGCACAAGUCGACCAUCUUUCUCGGAGGCCUCAAGCCAGUCAAAUGAUUACCGACAGACACAAGUUGGACAAUCAUUCGGUCCGUCCUGGUCAACCCAUUGGUUCAAACUUGAGAUUACCAUUCCCGAAGACAUGCGUUCUAUGGAGCAUUUGGAGCUUCAUUGGGACUGCAGCAACGAGGCCACUGUUUGGACGGCCGAAGGCGAGCCUCUUCAAGGUUUGACCGGCCGUGGGGAACGAAUUGAAUGGAUUAUCCCUCAGUCUUUCAGGGAUGGGGAAACCCAUGUCAUUUUCGUCGAAAUGGCCUGCAACGGCAUGUUUGGAAACGCGGCAGGCGACCCCAUUUUCAAGAACAACGCCAACGGUGACGCCAUCCAACCUCCUGAUCCAGACAAGUACUUUCUGCUGUCCAAGGCCGAGAUUGUUGCAGUGGACCUGCAAGCUCGCAAGCUGCAUACCGACAUCCAAGUAAUCCAUCAAGCCGCCCAAGAGUUCCCCGAAGACUCUUGGGAACAACAUGAAGCCUUGAACAUUGCGACAAGAAUCAUCAACACAUUCAAGGCCGGCGAUAGAGAUUCCAUCAUACGCAGUCGAAAGAUUGCCGAGGAAUAUCUGGGCCCGAACAUCAACUCUGAGGCGGUUUACGCUGUGCGUGGCGACAAAAGCCCAAGUGUGAUUGCGGUCGGACAUUGCCAUAUCGACACUUGUUGGUUGUGGCCGUGGGAGGAGACCAAGCGGAAAGUUGUCCGAUCGUGGUCUAAUCAGUGUGACUUGAUGGACCGGUAUCCUGAGCUCAAGUUCGCAUGCUCCCAAGCUCAGCAGUUCAAAUGGUUGAAAGAGGGCUACCCAUACGCCUGGGAACGGGUAAAGGCCAAAGUCAAGCAAGGUCAAUUCCUUCCCAUUGGCGGUUGCUGGAUCGAACACGACACGAACAUGCCGAGCGGCGAGUCUCUUGUGCGACAGUUUCUCUACGGUCAGAGAUUCUUUGAGAGUAAUUUCGGAUUCCGGUCAACCACUUGCUGGCUGCCAGAUACUUUCGGCCAGUCAAGCCAGAUCCCCCAGCUCUGUCGACAAGCCGGGAUGAAUCGUUUCCUUACUCAGAAAAUUUGCUUCAAUAACAUGAACGAGUUUCCACACACUUCCUUCAACUGGGUUGCUCUAGAUGGAAGCCAAGUCAUCUGCCACAUGCCACCGGCGAAGACAUACUGCGCCGACGCCAACUUCGGCGAUAUCAAGCGGAGCAUGACACAGCAUAAGUCAUUAGACCAAGACCACACAUCUCUACUUGCGUUCGGAAAGGGCGAUGGCGGCGGCGGUCCAACGUGGCAACAGAUUGAAAGACUUCGGCGCCUCAGAGGCCUUGCGGACACGACUGGACUCCUUCCGCGAGUACAUCUUGGCAGUACUCCGGACGAUUUCUUUGACAAGUUGGAAGAGAAAGCACAAAGUCUCCCGACGUGGCAUGGAGAGCUGUAUUUCGAGCUCCACCGCGGCACUUACACCACCCAAGCUCAGACGAAACUCAACAACAGGAGGGCUGAGUUCCUCCUCAGAGACAUCGAGUAUCUUGCGACUAUUGCCUCCAUCGAGAACAGCAAAUACACGUAUCCGAAGAAGGAGCUUGACGAGAUGUGGGAGGGCGUGCUUUUAUGCCAGUUCCAUGAUUGUCUUCCCGGAACUGCAAUCGGCAUGUGCUACGAUGACUCGGACAAGGUGUACGACAACGUUUUCCGAAUCGGAAGAGGUCUUCUUGAGAGCAUUUACAGCUCUCUUAGAGUUCACGAGAUCGGCAAACCAACCUUUGCUGAUUAUGAACUGCUUGCUUUGAACACUCUAGCAUGGCCACGUAAGGAAGUUCUUGCGACGAGUGGUGGUUCACAAGUAAUCGCAGAGGGCUGUGGCACAUUCAUAUCGACUCGAGACAUUGCUCCCGAUAUUUCUGCAAAGGCUGUGACUAUCGAAGAAGUCUCAAACGGCGUAUUCAAGAUGGAGAACAGACACUUCACAGUUACGGUUGAGCGAGGAUGCAUCACAUCUCUGUACGACCGCCGAGCCAAGCGCGAGGUUCUUUGCGGCAAAGCAAACCAAUACGUAAUCUUUGACGACAAGCCCAUCUACUGGCAGGCGUGGGAUGUCGAAGUGUUCCAUCUCGAGACUCGGGAAGAGUUGCAAAGCUGUACCACGUCGGUCGCGGAGGACACUCCUCUGAGGGUGAGUGUCGUUACGGAGACCAAGAUCAGCGACGUAAGCUCUAUCAAGACGAAGAUUAGCUUAUCCGCCGCUUUUGACGAUGAGGGCAGCCAGUCCUAUGUCGAGUGUACCGCGGAGGUCGACUGGCAUGAGACGAUGAAGUUUCUCAAGGUGGAGUUCCCUGUUGAUGUUCGUCAUCAUGAGGCUUCGUACGAUACCCAGUAUGGAGUCAUCAGAAGGCCUACGCAUUACAACACUUCCUGGGAUAUGGCCAAAUUUGAGGUCUGCAGCCAUAAGUACGCCGAUCUAUCCGAGUACGGCUACGGCGUUUCCAUCCUCAACGACAGCAAGUACGGCUUUGCGACAGUGGGCAACACCAUGAGACUUUCGCUACUUCGCUCCGCCGAAGCCCCGGAUGAUCAAGCCGAUAUGGGGAAGCACACCAUUCGAUGGGCGAUUCUGCCCCAUCAAGGGCCCCUUGGUCCCGAUACGGUACGGGCUGCCUACAACUUCAACAGCCCGUUGAAACUGGUGUCCAUGGAUCCAGACUCUCCGUUGAGAGACUUCCCGAUCACUUUGGUCGGGCACAAGAAUCUCGUUCUUGAUCAUGUCAAACGCGGGGAAGAUGAUGAGGAUGUCAGUCUCGGGGACCUACCUGCGCGUUCUGGCAGGAGCGUCAUUAUCCGGGUUUACGAGAGUCUCGGGGGUCGUGGUCGGGCGACGGUUCGCACGAAAUGGGAUUUGAAACGCGUGUAUAAGGCAAACCUGCUUGAAGAUGAUGGAGAAGAUGUUUCUGUGGCUGAGUCCAAGUUCGAGAUCGAUCUUGGUCCCUUUCAGUUGCAGACGUAUCGACUGGUUCUGUCGUGA